ACAAAUUAUUCUCAAAGCGAAAGUGAAAUUGUCCACAAUUGCCUAUAUUUCCUCAGCAAUAAAAAAAGGAUGCGAGUCUCCGCAACCUUCAUUAUUUGUAUCUCAACCCUAUUACAAAUACAUACAAACCGAAUUAACUAAAAAGCUCACGGUCAUUCUCUAUUAUUUCCACACUUCAACCAAAACUGAUAUGACAUGAUAUCAUAAUUUAAGUACAACAAAUGGACAAUCCAACCUCAACCUCCGACGACCCCAAAGCCCCACUUCUCCCGUUAAGCGAUCGGAAUGACAGCAACGAACGGUCGGACAGCUUCCGAUCCUCAGUCAAGACCCUUCUGUUUACGCCCAACAACGUGUUCAUCCUCCUCGGACCCUUGUUGUGCACCGUCAUAUGCCUCUGCGUGAAGCUCGAUGGGCCGCCGACCAGCCGGUACAUGCUGGGGGUGCUGGUGUGGAUAUUCGAGUGGUGGAUGACGGAGGCGGUGCCGAUGCCGGUCACCUCCAUGACGCCGUUGUUCCUUUUCCCGCUCCUCGGAAUUGCUUCCUCCGACGAGGUGGCUCAAUCUUACAUGGACGACGUUAUUGCUCUUGUUCUCGGCAGUUUUAUACUUGCCCUUGCUGUUGAGCAUUAUAACAUCCAUAGAAGAUUAGCCCUCAACAUAACUCUAUUAUUCUGUGGGGACCCAGUGAACCCACCGUUGCUCCUCCUGGGGAUAUGCGCCACGACGGCCUUCGUCAGCAUGUGGAUGCACAACGUGGCAGCCGCCAUGAUCAUGAUGCCCGUCGCCACCGGCAUUCUCCAGCGCUUCCCGGUGGGCCCCGCCCAGUCCGAACCCGUCAAGAAGUUCUGCCGCGCCGUGGUUCUCGGGGUCAUAUACGCAGCCGCCAUCGGAGGGAUUAGCACCCUCACCGGGACAGGUGUCAAUCUCAUAUUGGUCGGGAUGUGGAAGAGCUAUUACCCGGACGCUGACCCCAUCACCUUCACCAAAUGGUUCCUCUUCGGCUUCCCAUUGGCUGUCCUCGUUUUCUUUCCUUUGUGGGCCAUACUUUGCCUCUUGUACUGUCCCAGGGGUUCGGGCCAGUAUCUCUCUGCUUACUUGGACAAAUCCCAUUUGAAGAGAGAGCUCCAAUUGUUAGGUCCGAUGUCAUUUGCUGAAAAGACGAUAUUAGCUGUGUUUUCGACGCUAAUAGUUUUAUGGAUGACAAGAAGCAUAACAGACGACGUUCCUGGUUGGGGAGUUCUCUUCAACGGCCGUGCCGGUGAUGGCACUGUAAGCGUAAUGAUGGCGACCUUGUUAUUCAUAAUCCCAAGCAAGAAGCAAAAGGGAGAGAAAUUGAUGGACUGGAACAAGUGCAAGAAGCUUCCGUGGAACAUAGUAUUGCUAUUAGGUGCCGGUUUUGCCAUCGCUGACGGCGUGAGGACCAGCGGCCUUGCCGACAUAUUGUCGAAAGCCUUGGAUUUCUUGGAGGCAGCACCCUACUUGGCCAUAGCCCCGGCUGUGUGCCUCAUAAGCAGUAUCAUCACUGAGUUCACUUCCAACAACGCCACAACCACACUUGUCAUUCCACUCCUGAUUCAACUAGCAAAAACCAUGCACGUUCACCCUCUUAUGCUCGUAAUUCCUGGCUCCAUCGGGGCACAGUUCUCUUACUUACUCCCCACCAGUACGCCUUCGAAUGUUGUCGGGUUCGCAACCGGACAUAUUGAGAUCAGAGACAUGAUCAAGACUGGUGGCCCACUUAAGAUUGCUGGGAUUGCUGCACUGUCCCUUUUGAUGCCUACACUUGGAGCUUAUGUGUUUGGAACGAAUGAACCAUUUGUUCAAUAAAUGGCAAAGUCAUGCAGAACAGAGCACCCUGUUUGAAGUCAGCAAUAGUCUGCAAGUAUUCUAAUAGAACGAUAUUUCAUUAUCGUUUUGGCACAUAUGCAAAAGUCAAUAUUGUGUAUAAUUCCAUGGAACAAGUAAUUUGAGAAAAGUGAAUGAAAAGCGUAUUUUUUUUUUCUUAA